AUACUAUCUCCUUCCUAUCUUACCAAACAACACAAAAUAUUAUCCCUCUCCUCUCCACUCCCUCUUAAUCUCUCCAUCAUUCCUAAUCCCUCCAACCUUCCCCUUAAUCAAAUUGGCUCUUAACAGGGACUGAAGGGUGAAAGACCUGGGAGACCCAAAUGGUGGGAGACACGGAGAAAAUGAUCGCGGUAGGCCUGGUAUGGGGAGCUACCAACGCCUUGAUGCGCCGCGGCGCAGUCAUAUGGGACCAUGCCCUCAAAUCCUCUCAUCCGCCCGAUCCCACCCGCAAACCGUUUGAUCGGGUGCGGACCUCAAUCGGCAACUGGGUCAAGCUCCUCGCGAUCUGGCAGUACAUCAUUCCAUUCUUGAUAAACCUCUCGGCCUCCGCCACUUUCUUUGUGAUUCUGAGCCACACCCCAAUCUCGUUGGCUGUGCCCGUCACCAACGCCACCACGUUCGCCGCCACUGCCGUAUUUGGCGUGAUCUUGGGGGAACACACUCACCUGGGUUUUGCUUUCUUUGGUACGAUUUUGAUUGUUCUGGGCGUUUGGCUUUGCAUUUCGUAGCCAGCCAGCCAGCCAGCCAGCUCUGCUGUGAAUCUAUUCUCUUGUAAUCAUAGAUCAUGUGCUGACUUCUCACCCAAUUUAGCUGACCCUUCUGAGCAUUGCUCAACUGCUUGUAAACAGGGGAAGUCCACCAGUUUCCUGGGGUACCAGCGGCACAUUGGCCAAUGCUCACCGGUCCAUUCCACUUGCAGGCCUUUCCCCUGAACCGCCGGAACCUGGCUGUGAAUGGUGCGCUCUUCCAGUCUAUCUUCACCAAGCCACCUCUGGUUGCCCAGUUAUCUGCAUUCCAUAAGCUUGCGUGAACCUUCAUCCCCUGCUUGUUGGGGUACGGAAUACCCUGGUUUUCAUAGUUUCGGAAAACUCGAAUUGGCAAACUAUCAAUGUACCACCUGAGAUUUCAACCAAAGAGCUUAAUACUGCUUGUUUGUUUUGUUUAGUCAAGUAAUAAAAACAGUAAUUUGUGUU